UCGAGGUCCCGUGGCCAGUACGGUAUAUAAGGGCGGCGAUGGGCGGCGCCUGCCAGCCGCCGCCGACAUGUUGAGACAAGCCGUUCUGCUGUUCGCCCUCGCCGGCUGCGUGCUGGGUGUGAGGCUGCCGCUGCGGCGGGUGGUGCACACUGGCCCAGCGAGGGCCCUGGGCCCUGCUGCUGGACGCAUCUACGGCGGAGAGGAUGCCUACAGCGGACAGUUCCCGUACCAGGUUUCGCUGCAGCUGUCUCUGCUGUUCAUCCGGUCGCACAACUGCGGCGGCUCCAUCGUCUCCACCACCGCCGUCGUCACCGCCGGACACUGCGUCAUGAACCUCGGCACCUACUACGCGGUGGCUGGAGAACUGAACCUCAAAGUCGACGAAGGAACUGAACAGGAGUCAAGGGUUUCUGAGCAGAUCAUGCACCCUGACUACCCUGGAGGUCUCGCUGUGACGGCCAAUGACAUCGCUGUCUUCACGUUGCGUUCUGCGUUCACGCUCGGCACCUACGUGCAGACCAUACCACUGGCCAGUGCGGGGUCCAUUCCAGCAUCCGGUUCAAACGCGAUCGCCUCUGGCUGGGGCUCCACGCCUACCGCCACCACACCCAACAUACUCCAGUGGCUGGACGCCACCAUCAUAGACUGGGAGAGCUGCAGACAGCUGCUCGAUGACGCGGGCAUCGAGGACAACCCUGUCGUGGACACCAUGAUCUGCACAGGCCCAGUCACGGGAGGCAUCAGUCUCUGCAGCGGGGACUCCGGCGGCCCAUUGGUGCAGAACGGAGAACUCAUCGGUGUGACGUCAUGGGCGAUCACUCCUUGCGGUUCGGUGGGAUCUCCAUCUGGAUUCACCAGGGUCUCUGCUUUCAACGACUUCAUCAACCAGUAUCUGUAACUGCACUUUGCAUGUGACAAUAAACGUAUGAGAAUGU